GCCUAAAUGGACUCGGGUGAGGCCUUUUUCGAACCCGGGUAGGGUUUUGUAGAAUCACUAUAUAAACAAAUGUUCUCUCACAUUCGACCCGGCUAAGACCUACUUCCUCAGCAACAUCUGAGCAAAGCCCCAGCAGGGUUUCCAUUCUAUAUCGCUUCAGAAAUGGCGGCAGUUCCUGGGCAGCUGGUGUGGGAGAUUGUAAAGAGGAACAAUUGUUUCUUGGUCAAGGAGUUCGGUAAUGGCACCGCUGGCGUUGUCUUCAGCAAGGAACCAAACAAUCUCUACAAUCUUCACUCUUACAAGCACUCUGGGUUAGCAAACAAGAAAACCGUGACAAUUCAAGGGGGGAAAGAUCAAACUGUGCUCCUGGCCACAACCAAGACCAAGAAGCAGAACAAACCUGCUAAUUUGCUAAACAAAUCUGUCAUGAAGAAGGAAUUCCACCGCAUGGCCAAGGCUGUCACCAACCAGGUUGCUGACAACUACUACAGACCGGACUUGAAGAAAGCAGCUCUGGCAAGGUUGAGUGCCGUUAACAGAAGCCUUAAGGUUGUCAAAUCCGGCCCCAAGAAGAAGAAUAGGCAGGCCUGAGCACAUAAGCAUUUAUGUCUCUUUUUUGUCUAGACAAUCUUGAGUUCUGUUUAAAUUGUGCCUCUUUAUUAUUCUAUUUAACAAGCAAUUUGGUGUCUCAAUUCUCUUUAUCUCAAACAAAAAGCGUCCUUCUAGUUUACCCUUUGCAAUGUUGGUUACUUGGUUUAUGCUUGAGUGACUUUUAAGCUUUUUUGUGAACUCCACCAGAAACUGUCCGUUACAAAUGUGAACUAAAACAAUCCCCUAGAUCUCUUUUAAAUACUAUAUUCUCUUGUACUAUACAUUUUUCCUGAUUCUUGUGGGUAUGUGGACCUCUUUUAUCAGGUAAGCGUCUAGAAUUUAUUUUUGAGCUGAACUAGUUAUCUACUUAUCUUAGAUUCUGUAGUCUAUGUUUAUCAGACUGGAAUGGGACUGGUGUAUUUGCUACAAAAAGUGGGCCUAGGGUUGGACUUGGGCAGGGUUGGGUCCGGGUCAUUCCUUGAUUAUUUCAUCCCCUACCCCCAUCCCCCCAUUCCCCAAACCCGUCGGAAACACCCAGCCCAGCCUAUUUCAACCCAGGUUACCCAGCACAAACAAAUAAAAAUCAAAAAAGAAAAAUAGGCCUGAAUUGGGCUUGGUCCGGCUGGGCCGGUUCUCAUUUUGGGUAUCCCGGAACUGGCCCCGGUAUCCUCCCUCAACAGUGAUGGGCCGGGCCGGGCUGGGCUUGGUGGCCUUAAUUGGGUCCAAGCCUAACCACCACUUACAGGUCUUGUUUGGAAUCGUUCUUUGAUUGCAAUUAAUGAUUUUGACCAUAUAACAACAACAUCCAAGUCUUAGUCCCAAAUGAUAUUGGGGUCGGCUAACAUGAAUUAAUACAUGAUAUCACCAAAGAAAAAAAAAGAAAAUAAAGAUAAAAAAGAUAAGUUAUUAUAAAAAAAGAUAAUAUAAAAGAGAUAAAUAUACAUAUAAAAGAUAAAAUAAAAAGGAUAAAGUAAUAUUUAUAUAUAAUGAUAAAAAUAUAAAGGGAAAAUGGAAACUAAUAAUCCAACCUUUCAGCGGUCUGCUUUCAAUAAUCCCACCUUUUGAUUAUUCAUGAAUAAUCCAACCUUUGCACCUCAUCUUCAUUCAUU